AUGUCACUUGAGGAAGAGCAGUCCAUACGAGAAAAAAACAAGCAGGUGGUAUCUGAGUACACCACCGAAUUCUGGGGCAAAGGUAAUACGGACGUUGUAGAUAAACUUUGCUCUGACGACUUUGUGUCCGACUGCCCAUUGCACGGCCGAAGGGAAGGAAAAGCUCAAGUGAAGAAGAUGAUACUUGAUUUUAGAGAGGCAUUUCCCGAUUUUGUAAUCCAUGCAUAUGGAUCAAUCCCCAUGAUAGCAGAAAACGACUAUGUGGUGGUACGCUGGAUUGGUGGCGGCAAACAUACUGGUCCCGCAUUUGAUGACCUGCCAAUUGGCCGGCUUCCAGGCCAAAAUACGGGCAGGAUAAUCCAAUUUUCUGGCACAACGAUUUACACUCUGAAAGACGGCAAGAUCGUUGAGGAAGUGGCUGAGGAGGGUGCGCUAACUGCACUUCAACAGCUGGGGAUACUCAUCCAACCAACACCGUAA